AUGGAUUUCAUUAAAAAAUUGUCAAAGGCCGCAGGAAGAAAUAUUGUUAGUGCUAUUGAUCUUGCUAGAGAUAUGUACAAAAAAUCGAUGAUGACUGGUGUCUGCUUUGAAAUUCUUGAACGACAUCCCGAACUUUUUAACAACCAAGAAAAGAAAAAGUUGACCGAAACCGACUAUGUUGUGCGUUUAUGGGCUCCAAUGCUUUUUGCUUUAUUUGAAGACUGUAGAAAGUUAAAUUUGACAUGUGCUAAAAUUCAUCACAUGAAGCCCGAAGUUUCUUUAUUACAAUGUGCAGGAACCGAAGCUGAUAUUCUGCUCAUAGAGGCCGUUGAUAAGAAGUUUACCAUUGCAAAACGAUCUACUGAAGCCUUACACAUCUCUAGCAAUCUUGCACCAGAUAAGCUUAUUUCUGUUUACAAUUGUUUUCUUCAGUAUAAGUUUCGACAAGGCAUGGAGAUCAAACACUUCUUCACAAGAAUCAGCAAAUUGACGCGUAACUCCUGA